GGUCAGUAUGUCUGUGUCAGCUAUGUGUCGCGGGUGAGCGGCGCGGCGAUGCUGCCGCUGCGGCUGCGGCGCGUGGGCGGCCACGACGGCCGCGUCAACGACGUGCUGUUCCACCCGCCGGCCAAGCCGCCCGCCUCACACUCCUCGCCGCCAGCCGCGCACGCCCUCGUGUUCUUUGGCGGAGAUGUACAGGUAUAAUGUAGCUACAAACGGUCAGUAUGUCUGUGUCAGCUAUGUGUCGCGGGUGAGCGGCGCGGCGAUGCUGCCGCUGCGGCUGCGGCGCGUGGGCGGCCACGACGGCCGCGUCAACGACGUGCUGUUCCACCCGCCGGCCAAGCCGCCCGCCUCACACUCCUCGCCGCCAGCCGCGCACGCCCUCGUGUUCUUUGGCGGAGAUGUACAGGACUACCCGGAAGUGAUGCAAGCACAUCGCGACAACCGGAACUACGUGAAGUGGAACCUGGAGAGCACGGCGCGAGGGCUGGCGCGGGACUUCCCCACGCAACACAUACUGGUUGUGAGACCCGCUAGGAUAGAGUACAAAAGCUUCAGCUGCUACGACAACUUCGUUCCUAGCAACAACGCGGGCGUACCCGACCAUACUCCCACCCAUAACGCGCUGCACCAUCUCGAAAGGUUGCUGCAGAGUGUGAGCAGCAGACUAAAGUCGAUGCCCACCGCGGAGCUGUUGGAGGCAGUGUCGUGCGUCUCGCUGCCGGAGGACAUCGACAUAGAAGAGUUACAUAACGCGUCAAUCCACCGCUCGGGCUCGGCGCACGCGAACGGGUCCGCGGCGCACGGCCCCCACGCCGCGCACACGCCAGAUCUGGAGCCACUGUGGUGGCGGGAAAAAUUGGCGCUUGACGAGUGCUCUCUAACCCUGGUGGGGUUCAGCAAGGGCUGCGUGGUGCUCAACCAGCUCAUCUACGAGUUCCACUACACCAAGACCCUCACUCCUGGAGACGCGCAUAUGAUGAGGUUCAUGUCGCGCAUCGAGGACAUGUACUGGCUGGACGGCGGCCACGCGGGCGGCAAGAACACCUGGAUCACUUCCCGCAGCCUGCUGGAGACACUCACCAGGCUCGACGUGAACAUCUUCGUGCACGUGAGCCCCUACCAGGUGCAGGACUCGGGGCGGCCGUGGAUCGGCCGCGAGGAGAAGGCCUUCACCGGCUUGCUGAGCAAGCUGGGCGCUAAGGUGCGGAGAUACCUCCACUCGCAGUCCAGCGCGCCGCACUCCCUGCACAUGCACUUCGACGUGCUCGCCAACUUCAAGAGCAUGCAGGACUCCGCUCCGCACGCGCUGCCGGACGUGUCCGACGACGAGCCCUAACCGCACUACGAUACCCGAGGCACACUGUUACAAAUGCUAUCACUUUUAUAAGUCGCAUUCAACUAAGCAAAUUCUUUUUCUCAGAAUAGCGCAACAUUACGCCGACUAAAACCGACUGUACACCAAUGAAAUAUAGACCUUAGUAGCU